GCUGAUGACGUAGAUCGUUGACGUCAGCCACACCAGGAAGUCGACACGGCGGGCGCUGUAAGUGGCACAAAACCAACUGACGUUGAUUUGACAGAAGAAGUCAUACAAUGACAAGCACAAUAGUUUGCUUAAAAGGAGUUUUGAUGAUCAAAUCAGCGCAAUCCUGAGUGAACUGAGAAACCACCGCAUCAAGGACUGUUGUCAGGAUGGCGGGAGUAUUCGACAUUGACUUGGAUACUGAAGACGUCACUGACACAGAGGAUGAGGGUUGUGAUGGCACCGUGACAGAGCCAGAUGAUGUACAGAAAGAGGAGGUGGUGCUGACCAGUGAAUGUGUAAACAGAGACAGUGAGAGAGUCGGGCCUGAUUGUUUUGAGCUUCUCACUGUGCUUGGAAAAGGUGCCUAUGGCAAGGUUUUCCAGGUGAGGAAAGUUCAAGGUGCCUUGUCAGGAAAAAUAUUUGCCAUGAAAGUGCUGAGAAAGGCUAAGAUAGUGUGUAAUGCUAAAGACACUGCCCAUACACGUGCUGAAAGGGACAUCCUGGAGACAGUGAGACACCCUUUCAUUGUGGAUCUCCUCUACGCCUUCCAGACUGGUGGAAAACUCUACCUUAUUCUAGAGUACCUAAGUGGAGGGGAACUUUUCAUGCAAUUAGAGAAGGAAGGCAUCUUCAUGGAGGACACAGCUUGUUUCUACCUCGGAGAGAUCACGCUGGCUCUUGGUCACCUCCACUCUCAUGGGAUUAUUUACAGAGACCUCAAACCUGAGAACAUCAUGCUGAAUCAUCAAGGACACAUCAAGCUAACUGACUUUGGGCUCUGCAAAGAGUCCAUUCAUGAUGGAAGCGUUACACACACAUUCUGUGGCACCAUAGAGUACAUGGCCCCUGAGAUCCUGACGCGGUGUGGCCACAACAGAGUAGCAGACUGGUGGAGCCUUGGAUGCCUGAUGUACGACAUGAUGACUGGAUCGCCUCCAUUCACAGCAGAAAACCGGAAAAAAACCAUUGAUAAGAUCUUGAAAUGUAAACUCAAUCUUCCUCCGUAUCUGACCAUUGAUGCCAAGGACCUCAUCAAAAAGUUGCUGAAGAAGAAUCCAGCCCAAAGACUUGGCUCCAGCAAAGCAGACUACGGUGAUAUCCAAAAACAUCCAUUCUUCAAACAAAUUAAGUGGGAUGACCUUUUGAACAAGAGUGUGGAGCCACCGUACAAGCCACAGUUGCUGUCAGAUGAAGAUGUGAGCCAGUUUGACACCAGGUUCACAAGGCAGACACCAGUGGACAGUCCUGACGAUACCGCCCUCAACCAGAGUGCAGCGCUCACCUUUGCUGGCUUCACUUAUGUGGCUCCUUCAGUCCUCGACAGCUUAAAAGAAGGUUUCUCCUUUGAGCCCCGAUUGAGGCCUGUUCGCCGACACAACAGUUGCCCACGCACACCUGUCAGUCCCUCAACAUUUUCCUCUGCUGGGCCCUUUAAGUCAAACAUUGAUGGAGAGCCAGGACUCUAUUCUCCCACAUCCGACUCAGAAAGUCCAUCUCCUGUGCCUUUGGAGAAUGGAUCUGCUAGUCAGCCUAUCAGUACUCCUGCCAGGAACAAGAAGGAAGAGGGACACCACAGAUAAGGGCCUGCACUUCCAGACCUGAUCAGGUUGCUCCUUUCUAUCGUGCUUGGAGUAGUAUUGUCUGUUUGGCUUUACAUCAUGUACUGGCACAAGGGCUUUACUUCACAGAUCAAAAAUAGGUUAUCUGCCUUGAAAUAUCGAAAGCAUUUAUUAAGUCAUUUGAUGUGUGUGAGACUGUGGACUUAAUGAAUGUAAAGCGCUUUGAGUGUCUGGACAGUAAAUCCCAUUAUUAUUAGAAUUGGUAGGAAAUACUAUUUAUGGGUACAUGGGAGUUUUUUUCUUAGUAUUGGAAAAAUUGAGGUAAUUAACAAUUUUGAGUUGUCAUAUUUUUGACGGUGUGAUAGAAGUAAUGUGGAUGUAGCUAAUACCGACAUUGGGGAUGAGGAUGGAGCAUGUGACAUUGUUUCCACGCAGUUAUUUCUGGCUACAGAACCUGAUGAUUUGGGGUGGAACUGUACCUUAUGCAAAUUUAUUAGGCAUCACAUGACUCCCAAUGGCAAUGUUGUAUAAUGUCAUUCAAGUAUUAAGUAUUACCUCACUUACAAAUCAUAUAACAAUGAAGGGGAAUUGUAAUGCAAAACACCCAGACACAUACAAUAGGGAUGUCCCGUUACGUUUUGACUUUGGAUAUGAUGCCAAUAUUGCAGCUUUGAAUAUCGUCCGAUUCCGAUAUCAUCAAUGAUAUUUUAUUUAGUAGUGUGGAGUAUUAGAAAAGGACAACUCAAACAUGCUUUUAUGACAUGUGAGAAUCGGCUUGGAUCAAGUGAUAUUACUCAAAAGACAGCAACAGUAGUUAUGAGGACAAACUCACCCAUUGACUCCUUGAUGCAAUGCUAUGUAAUGUGCAUUACACGUUUGCACUCAACUGUAACAUCUUUUUACUGCGACAAGGCUGGCAUUACUCCUGCUCUUUGCUACUGUGUUAGCAAACACUUGCGUGUGUGUGUGUGUGUGAUCACAUGCGCUCUGUUCGGUCGCUGCUGGAUAGACAUGCUGGGCGGAGUUUGCAAUCCACUGCUUGCAUCGGAGUGCCGCGAUCGUAGAUUGGAGAUGCAGGCCGCUAUAAUCCUUUUGUAUUUUGUUGAUAUCUGCCCGAUACCCAAUGUCAUUAUUAGAACAGGACAUCCCGAGUUUAAAGUCACUGAAGACAUACACAACAACCUGGGACCUGUUAUAUGAGGUAUAGUAUUUGCAAUGCAUGACCUUUUUUCCCCUCUCAUAAAUGUCAACGUAUUUGUUACAGUGUUAUAAAAUAUCUGAAUAUGAUAAUUGUAUUCAGUUCUAUUUUAUUUGUACAGUACCGUAAAACGGGGUUAUAAGGGACAGCAGGGCAAUAAGGGACAAUUUACGGGAAAAUGUUUUUUGAACGAUUUGUUCAAGAAUAUAUGCUUCCUGUUUAACAUGAAAAGGCAGAAUUACAUUUAAAACAUUUUCCUGAAAAUUGUCCCUUAUUACCCCGUUUUACGGUAUGCAUUGAGUUUUAAGAAUUAUAAAGGUGCUGUUAGUCUGAGUAAUUAAUGAAAAAUAUGGAGAUUUAGUGGAUGAAAUGUUUUGGGAUUGCUUUUUGUCUUUGUCAUCACUGAAUUAAAAAAAUGUUGCUACCA